AUGCCCUUGUGGCAUUCUGUGCCUCGCCGCCUCACCGAGCGCUGCCGCACCCGCCUCACUGCCUCGCCCCCGCAGCUCUUCUUCGCCAAGGUCGCGCCCAGCGCGCCCGCCAACGAGGUCGCACGUGUUUUCGAGCCGUUUGGCGGCGUAGAAGAGAUCAACCUCUUCAGGGCCUGGCCGACAGCCAGAUCCAGCAAGGGCUGCGGCCUCGUCACUAUGACGUCACACGAGGGCGCGCGCGCCGCGCGCGCCGCGCUGAACGGGCGGCGCGCGUGGGAGGGCGCCGACGCGCCGAUGGCGGUGGAGUGGUGCGCGCCCGGCAAGCUGGGGGUGCGCGCCGCGGCAGGCAAGGCGGCGGGCGGGGGCCGCAGGGCGCCGCGGCAGUCGGCGAGCUUCAGCGGGCCGGCUGGGGCCGGCAGGCACAGGGUCCCGCAGCACUCUGCGAGCUUCACCGGGCCCGUGGGCGGCGGGCGCGCGGUCGGGCCCACUUCGCCCGCGGCCGCCCCCGCUGCCGAAUCGACAGUCGCGGCCGCCCGUCAGUUCCAGCUGCAAGCGCUCGCCGCGGCCAACGCCGGCCAGAUGCAGCCGCAGCUGUGGCUCGAGGCCACUGCCAUGGCGCCCGCCGUGGCGCCGGCAGCACCCCUGCCGGGGUCGCUCCGCCCUCCCUCGGCCGGCUGCCACACACUCCGCCCCCUGCCGGCGCCGCCGGCGCCCGCGCACUUGCUCCUGGCCCAACUGGGCGGUAACGCAGGCGCCGGCCCGCCCGCUGGAGUGGCCGCAGGGCGGCGGGGCCUCUGGGACGCCGCGGCGCUGCCAGCCUUCACCAUGCGGGAGCCAGCCGGCUCCCUCACCGGCAGCAGCGCCCUCCUCGACCCCGGCACCUUCCCUGGCACCCCGGCCGGCUGCGGCGCCGCGGCAGGCGCCGCUUCGCUGGGGGGCCGCCUUUCCGACUUCCUGAUUGCGGCCAGCGUCGAGCACGCCGUGAACAGCCGCGCCGCAGCGCUGACGGCGGCGGUGGCGGCUUCGCAGAUCUCUGACCUCGCCCACCUGUGGACGCCCCCAAGCGCCCAAGGCGCCCCUCUGACUUCCACGAUUGGCCACUGCUGGCCCGCCCACGCGGCCCCCACGGCUUGGCCGGCCGCGUCGCUGCCGCACCGGGCUGCUUGCAGCAUUGGCUGCGGGCGCCCGGGGCAGCUCCUCUUGGGCACCGGGCCGCUUGCGCCGCGGGCGGCCUCGUUGGCUGCGGCUCUUGCAACUCCUGCCGGCGAGGCAGCCUGGUUCGACAGCUGCGCGCUCGGCGGCGCAGAGUUCGCCACCAGCAGGCAGCUGCUGGCGGCGGCCGCCACGGCCGCCGCUGCCGCUGCCUCCUUGCAGCCGCAGGCGUGCCUGCCGCACGCCUCCCUGCCGUACGUCGCGCAGCAGGCGCGCGCGCUCAGCCUCAGCACGCCGUUUGCGGCGCACGCGGCCGGCCCCUGCUGCGCGAUCGGCGCCGUGGCUGGCGGCAGCGGCCGCGGCGGCCCUGGCAUUGGGUACAGGCAUGCUUCGUAG